AUUCGACUACUGUCCAAUAUUUUUAGAUACUUCACAUCGAAUAAGUAGUUUUUUUAGGGAUUAAUGUUUUAUAGUUAUAAACUUGACAUUGAUUGAUUAUCUGUAUUAAGUGCGUUGAACGGGCAACGACGAAGAGACUUGUGGUUGAUACGUGCGUGUUUCUUGCUCCAUACCUUUUACAAAUUGCUGAAACGGUUGAGAAAAUUUCCUGAAGACCAGUUAGACUGUAAUUGGUAAUUGUAACAAGAUAAGCCAUUUACCAAAAUAUUUUUUUUUAGGUUUCAUAAUUUAGUGAUGAACUUUAUGUGUGUUAUCAAACUGAUGCUUUUUUGCUUACCACUCGCAAACUCACUUCAAAUUGAACGACAAAAGACUGGAGAUAGGCUUACUAAUGGGAGUACGUGUGAAAAUGGAACUUACGUUAUGAAAGAAAGCGCGAUGCAAACUAUAAAAUGUGUUACAUAUAUGCAUGAAGCAGGCUGUGAAUUGAUGUUUUAUUUAUGGCCGGAUCAGUUUAUUGGAUUUGUUUCGAGAGAUGCAUUUAAAAAAAGUUUGAGAGUGACAUUACAGCAGAAGACGUCCUAUCCAAACGGAACAAAUUGUAGUAAUCACACAGCUGGAAGAAUAGAUGUUCAAAGCGUAAACGUAGCAACAUCAUCAGUUUGGGAUUCAUACAUGGGCGAAAAAUUGAAAAAAACUUUGACUUAUCAAUUUAAUUAUGCGAAACAAUUUGUUGAAAUAGGUUUCAAAAAACACUGGGAUGGAAUGUUAAUCAAGCUCUUCAUAUAUUGCUUGGAUGAUACAGGGAAGAAUAUCUUAAACUACUCUGCGACAAGAUGUGUGAUGAUUAAAUAUGAAGGAAAUGCUUCGUAUCUAAGCGCACUACCUGCAACAUCACCAUCACCCAAACCAACAAAAGCAACAGAAUACAAAACAAUAAAAACAACAACAACAACAGAAAUUACUGCCACUAAUGCAACAAGAAAAACACGCAUUGUUAUUGUUCACAAAUGUAGUACUGAAACUGAAAAUGUAGUUAUUGUUGUAUUAUCUCUUUUGGUUGGAUUUUUACUAAUUUUAUGUUUUAUGAUCUAUAUUGGAAAAAGGAAGAAUUUAUUGAUAAUAAAAAUUAAUUGGAAAAACAAAAAUGAAUCGCCUGCGCAAGGAAAUCUGUAUGAUGAGAUUUCUUCACCUAAUUCAGUCAAUAUGGAAAUGAGUAAAUCUGAUCAGGCUAGUAAAUAUCUCCCUAUUAUUUGUAAAUUGUUUUUCACACAAGCUGUAACAACUAGUGCUAAAAGUUGAGAUUACCAAUAAUUUCGUUUCUAUAAUUUCAGACAAAUAAGCAUUACACUGAAUUAUCACUGUCACAAAAAGACGUUUCCCAAGCUAAUUACACUUGUCUUGAGAGAAGCAAUAAAGGUUACGAUGAUUAUGAAACAGCUUCAAGCUAACAACUUUUUUUUAUGUAUAACACGAGUGAUGUUGGAUUGGAAGUUUAUGUCAGAAAUGAAACGCCAGCAAAGUACUUUAAAUUUUUCUAAAAGCAAAAAAAACAUAUCGCACAUUUUCUUAUGUUAUGAUUGUAAAUUUAAGUGUUAAACAUGAACGAAAUAUUGAAGAGGGUAUUAUGCCACGUUUUGUUGAAAGUCUCAAGGACUACCAAUUAUAUAUGACCAAAGUUUAUUUAACAUCAUCCAAAAACAACAUAUUUUUACUAUAAACAUUUCAGUAUCAAUUACAUCAGACUGAUAAAAGUUUUUUUCAAGUGAAACGAUUCUGACACAAAAUGUAUAUCGUAAAGAAUAGUAGAAAAAUUAGAAUAAUGACCAGUUUGGUUAAAAUGUGUGAAAGUGUGUAAUAAGAGAAACACAGGGGAUAUAAGUUGUGUUAACCCUGAAAAUACUGAGAAGGGGGAGGAUUCUUCCUCCUGUAAGUCUUUUGUUGCAUAUUGCGCAAAACUAAGAA